UCUUCCCUCAACUCAGUCCCUCCCAGAUAUUAUCAUCAGAUUGGAACACCAUUUGGGAGAAUAUCCACAACUCCACUUCUCAUCGAGGUUGGCCGACCAUUUUGAUGAAGUUUUUUUUUUAUCCGGGAGAGGUAAGGGGGUAUGAACGUACUCGGUUUGCUCAUGUUAUCACCCAUUGUGACUUUUCUAUUUCUGAUGACCCAAAGGAACACACUCCCAACUCAACUCAAUAUUCACAAAAUCAAAAUACCCCCAUGGUCUUUAUCGGUCUUUGAACUAGGCGUUAUGGAUUACUUUCAGUCGACUUGUCUUAGCUUCUUUGCUGAGCGAAAAGUCAAAAAGAGAGAAAAGAAACAAUGCACAACGGUUUAGAGACCAGGAAAGAAGAAAUGUUUGCGGCAACACACUUUGCGGGUUUGUCUUUUUACGACG